AUGCCAUCGUCGUUGCUAGGAUGGCUUACGACCGUUCCCGCGGCCAGUGUACCCAGCACUGCUUCGCCUCAGGCCCCAACGAGUGUGCCGCCGGGAAACAACGAGAAGAGCAACGAGAAGGGUCCAAACUCACCGCCCAUCGAUAGCAGCGAUCCGUAUCUUGAAGCGGGCCAGGCGUCCUCGCCAGUGUCGACGGCCACGGAGGACCACUUGGCAGGCGGGAAUAAUCCGUCGACAGCCAAUCUGCCUCCACACACGCCAUCCCCCAACCACUCAUCUACUGUUGUUGACACACCGAUAGCCAUCAGCUCGCCAACGCCAACAUAUCUAGCAUCGCUGUCGUUUCUGCAGGCGCUGGCAAACAUACCAGCGAAUUUAUACUUGUCAAUGAUGGGCCACUCGCCAACACUAGUCGACUCACCCGCCGCCAGCCUCAGUCCAGGAUUUUCGGCUGACAGCCCGUCCAUAAUUACCUACACGCUCACCCGGAUGCUGUUUGAUGACGGCAGUGAAGAUCAACUCCGUUUCGACUUUACAUAUGGGAUCGCAGCCAGACGGUUUCGCGUGCCGAGCACUCGCUUCACGAUGUCUCAAUGCGGGCGUAUCUUUGCGCUUGCGGUCAUCAUGGCGCCAUUAGGUGCAGCAUUUCUUCACCUUGCCAUCGCUUACUUGGUUUAUGCCGAUUCUGGAUGUAGUCCGCCAAAUUCUGACCCGAGAUUUGUGCCCAAAGUCAUCCGUCUCUUUGGCUCCGCCUACCCGAUCGCUGCGGAUGCCGCAGUCGCAAUCUUCGUCCAGAGUGUCACGACAUGGUUUGGCGUGCUUUGGGUGACCCAGUCUUCUCUCAAGUCUCCGAGUAUUCAGCCUGUGGGGUUCAUCACCGAACCGCGGAACAGCUGGGUGCGCUGGUUCGUAUUCCUCGACCAGGACACAGCGCAGCCAGAGCUUGUGUCAUGGUGCAGAUACAUGGCAUUCAUCUUCGGUCACUUGAUGAGGGCCACCCUGCUGACCUUCCUGAGAAGCUCCUGCGUGAGCUUGUAG